AGGCUGCAAUAGAUCAUCCAGUCUUACGAAUAGCUUUGACUCAAUAUGAAGCUCCACUGGCUGCUAUUUGCAGUCGUACUGAUCUGUGCCCUGUACACCACUUCGGGCACCACUACCACCAGCACCACCACCACAACAACUGAUUCCAGCACCAGCACCAGCACCACCACUGCCUCCUCGUCCUCGUCCUCGGACACCACCGAGGCCAGCAGCAGCAGCAGCGAUUCGGCCACCAGUUCUAGCUCAUCCUCCAGCUCCAGCAGCUCGUCCUCUAAGAAGAAGAAGGCUGCCGCCAGGAGAAGGGCCAAGAGAAGGGCCAGGAGAAGGGCGGCGAGAAGGAAGCGUAACAGACGUACCCGUAACCGGGGUUAGACUGGAAGCUGAUAAGGGGAGAAUCCGCUGGAAUCCAUUCCGGCAUGGACUGGACUUCCAACAUUUUUUUUUCCAAAACUCUCUCUCUGUUGAUCUUCGGAUCGGCAAUUUAAUAUAUUCCCGUCUAUAGCAAUUGCAUGAAAAAUA